UCUCGAAAAAAUCCAUUAGGCGUAUGUUUUUGUUUGUUAAUUUAUAAAUUUUAUUUACAAACUUAAUUUUUUAUAUCGACUACUGUAGUUUACUUGAUUUUGGAAGCUGAAUUUUUAUCUUACAAAAAUAUGUACAAAUAUGAAGAAUUGCGUAAAUUACCAACGGGAUCUCUAUACAGGAUCAGUGAAACUCUAGAAACCAAUGGAGAUUGGCGGAAAGUGAUGUCACUAAUACCCAAAGAUCCGAAUGCAGAGAAGUUUGAGCCUAAAUAUAACAGUCAGCAGAUGAGGAUAAUAGAAGAACAUGCUAAAGGAACAAGUAAGACCUGCGCAGAAGUACUGUUUGAUGAGUGGGGGACGUCAGGUAGAAUAAGACCUACUCUGGCAACAUUACAGAAUCUUAUACUCCAAGCAGGCAUUUAUAAGGCUGCUGAUGAGAUUGCACUUAUGUUACAGGAAGCUCCACCACAAAGGCCCAAUACAGGUCCAGCAGCAAAAAUCGAAACAGAUAUAGAAAAGUUCUUAAAGGAGGACACGAAAAUACAUGGCAAGAAACGUAAUCAAGAAACUGAGUCUACAGCCCAAAUGAUAUCGUCGGGUUUUCCAAACUUUGAUAAUUUUUCCAAACCAGUAAAAUCGAUAGGUGAUAGAACUACAGCGUCCAUGAAAUCAAAAGAAAGCGUAAAUUACGGCAGCACUCGGGAAUACAGUUCUCGUUAUUCUGAAAAUACUGACAUGAGUGCCUGCAUUCCUAACUUUGACAUACUCAUGAAGGAUAAAUCAGAAACUAAAUCUAUUGUUUACCCAGCACCUCCUCUUUUCCGUAUUGAUACCACAAUCCUGGAGAAUAAAACUUUAAUACAAUUCGAUUAUAACGAAUUGAAAGAGAUCACCAGUAAUUUUUCCAACGUUUUCAUCUAUGGACCUCUUGGGCCUACUGGGAAAAUAGGUAGCGGUGCGUUUGGUGACGUAUAUGCUGGCAUGCACCCGGAACAUGGAGUUCUGGCUGUCAAAAGGAUAAAAAAUUUGAGUCUCAUUAGUGAUAAGCCAGAUCUUAUUAGUCAAACCUUUAAUGCUGAAGUAAAAUGUCUUGCACAGCUGAGACAUGAGAAUAUUGUACCUAUCGUAGGGUACAGUAUACAAAAGGAGGUUACAUCUUUUCCAUCUCUAUGUAUCGUUUGUCAGUACAUAGAAGGCAGGUCUCUGGAACAGAAUUUGGCUGCCAAAAGGCUUACGGAGAAACAGAGGAUUGACAUCAUAGUGGGAACUGCGAGAGGCCUAAAAUAUAUUCAUAACAGAGAUUCAUCAAUGGAUGAUAAAGUUGAGGAUGGCGUUGAAGAUUCAUUCAUGCAUUACAUUCAUGGGGACGUUAAAAGCGCCAAUAUUCUGUUGACAAGAGAUUAUCAGCCUAAGCUCUGCGAUUUCGGUUUAGCGAAACAGUUCAAGACAACAUUAGUGUCCCCAUCCAUCAUGGGCACUACUCCGUACAUGUCUCCAGAACGUUUAAGAGGCACCGUCACCCAAAAAGCUGAUAUAUACAGUUUUGGUAUUGUAAUUCUGGAAUUACUUACUGGUUUACAGUGUUUAGUGAGUAGAAAUAAAGAGAUAAUAAACCUCCAAGAUUAUGUAGCGGAAAAAGCCCGUGUGGAUUAUAAAGACAUACUUGACCCUGUAGCUAAUCCGUGGUCUAAAGCGAAUGAAAUAUAUGAACUAGCUAAAAAGUGUUUAACUCAUGAUUAUACAUGUAGACCGAAUAUUAAUGAAGUUUGUGAAGAAGUAGCGAAUUUAAUUGAUGAUGGGGAUAAUGCAGAUCAACAGAGAAUUCCAUAGACAGACUAGUUAUCUACACAUUUCUUACGAUGAGCAAGUAUAUACAAAAAAUAAACAACUAUUAAAG